AUGUCGACGCCCACCUUGUCCACCUCGACCCUCCCCGGCCCCGUCCAGGAGCUCGAGACCGCCGACGAUGCCCUCGCCUACCUCAACAACACCCUCCUCCCCGAUGCCUCCCUAACCGCUCUCGAGGGCCAACUCGCCGACCUCCUCGCCUCCUUCGACAGCGCCGCAGAAAGCACCUCCGCCGCCCUCGAGCGCACCCUCGAUGACGCAGCCCGCAGCGUCCCCCGCCUCGCAUACGACCUCCACUUCAUGCGCGACGGCGCCCUCGGCCUCGCGUCCCUCCUCUCCCGCACGCGCAGCGCCAUGCCCGCCGCCUCCGCCGCAGACUCAGAGGCCCAACGUGCGCUCGCCGAUCUCGCGCGCCUGGACCGCACACGCACGCGGAUGGAGGCCGCGCGGGGUGUCCUCCGCGAGGCCGAAUCAUGGAGCACGCUCGAGGGCGAGGUCGGCGCGCUGCUCUCUGAGAAGACGUACGAGAAGGCCGCGGAGCGACUCGCCGAUGCCCGCAAGAGCAUGGUCGUAUUCAGUGGCACGCCCGAGUACGAGCCCCGUCGCGCGCUGCUCGUGAGCCUUCAGAAUGAGCUUGAAGCUGCCCUAAGCGCUGCACUCGUCGCAGCGUUCAGUGCGCAAGACGUGGCACUCUGCAAACGAUUCUAUGGCAUUUUCGUGCGCAUCGAUCGCGAGGGAGAGUUCAGAAACUACUACUAUGGGUCGCGAAGGACGACACUUGUCGCUUCGUGGACGACAUGCGAUACGACGGUCACAACAACAGGAACUGACACACCAACUGCGGGCACGCCCAUCACGACUACAGCAUUCAGCGUGCAGUUCUGGACGACCUGGCUCUCCUCCUUCCUCGGCAUGCUCAACGUCGAGCGGCACGCGAUCCCCUCCAUCUUUCCAGAUCCACAGGCUACAUUCUCCACCCUCGUCUCAUCCACCCUCUCCGCCCUCCAACCAAGCCUUGCACAGCGCCUCGCAGGCCUCAGCCUGUCCAACAUCGUCACAGUCUACGAAAAGACCGAAGAGUUCGCGCGCUCGGUUGAGCGCGUCGUCGAAAAGGUGCGCAUGGCGACGACACCCGUCCCCUCUGCCUCGCCCAACACCCACGAACGCACCCUCAGCCGCCCGCCUUCGCACGCAAGGCGCCGCUCCUCGAUGCGCAUGAGCGUCAGCUUCCGCGCGAACUCUGCCUCAAGCGCGGGACGCGGUGGCGAGCAGGGACCUGGGGGCAGCGGCAACGCUAAUGCUCAAGACGACCAAGACGCAGCGUCAGAGUGGGAGCUCGCGCUCUUCCAUGCGUUCCUCGACUUCCAGGCGGACUACGGCGUGCUCGAGCGGCGCUUCCUCCUCGACGAGCUCGCGCGCUCCACUGCUCAACACCCUCAGUCACGCUCGUCGUCGUGGGACGUCGAAGAAGGCGGCCGGCGCAUGCGCGAGGAGGCACUGGACGUGUUCGCCGCUGCGGAGGACGCGCUCGCGCGCUGCAUCGCGUUCACGCACGGCUUCGCCGCCGUGGGGCUUGUGCAGGCUGUCGACGGAUGUGUGAGCGAGUGGAUAUCGCGCUGGAAAGCCGUCGUCGAGGCUGUCUCCAAGGCCUCUGCGAACGCAUCCAACGGAGCUGGCGCCGGCGCAGCGGACGUGGGCGCGACAGACGGGAGCGAGGGCGAGCUCGCGGACUUGGACUACACGGCGCGCGACUGGGCCGACAUCCAACGCGCAAUGCGCUUUCUCGGCGCCGGGCGCGCGACGCUCGAGCGCGUCAGCACGUGCGAGGGCAAGAUCAGGAAGACGCUCUCGCAGGUGCACAAGCAGCACUACGCAAGUGCAGGCGCGAGCGCCGCGUCCCGAAAGGGACACAUCGGGAUGGUCAAGAACGCGCUGGACUCGCCCGAGCUCGGAACUUUACUCGCCUCAUGUAGUGCCAACGCACCUCCGACCUCGACCCCGACUCCAACCCCUGCCGCCUCCCUGCUGACGGCAGCCCGCGGCGCACUCGCCGACCUCGCAGGCGCAUGCCAAGUCUCGCUGCAACGCGUCUUGCUCGCGCCGCUCCUCGCUCACCUCACUCCCUACGCCUCCCUCCCCAUCUGGGCCGAACGAGUCCCCUCCACAGCAUCCACCGCCGGCGGCCUCGUCGUCCCCACAUUCUCGCGCGACCCGACGCCAGGCGUACAGCGCCUCGCCGAGGGCCUACUGAACCUCCCGCGCCUAUUCGACGUCGUGCUCGGGGACGAGGGCGUCCCGUUCCUCCCCACGUCCGCAUCCUCCAGCGCGACGGGGCCCGGCCACAGCGAAGAUGAAAACCCAGAGGCGGUCGUGGCCGCGUGGCUCGCGAGUCUGGGCCAGGUGGUGCUCGCGCACGUCGUCACGACCGCGCUGCCGCGGAUCGUAGCGCUCUCGGAGAGCGGGCGCGCGCAGCUCGUCAUCGACCUGGAGUACCUCGGCAAUGUGCUCCAUGCGCUGGGCGAAGAGGAAGACGGUGUGUUGCAGAGGUGGGCAGGUCUCGUUAGGAUGGACGACGCUGCGUUUGAGCAGGCGUUUGCGUCAAGAGACCGGGAUGAUAAUGUUAUGCGCGAGGUCGUACGCAUGAGAAGAGCUGGCAGGGAUACGCGAUAG